AUGCCGCAGCCAUUGCCCAGCAAGGAGCAGACGCUCUUCCGCUCGCUUGUCAAGUACUACGAGGGCAAGCAGUACAAGAAGGGCCUCAAAGCUGCCGAACAGAUCUUGAAGAAGCACCCCACGCAUGGCGACACCCAGGCGAUGAAGGCCCUGAUUCUCAACUCGACAAACCAGGGCGAAGAGGCCUUUGCUCUCUGCAAAGAAGCCCUUCGCAAUGACAUGAAGUCGCACAUUUGCUGGCACGUCUAUGGUUUAUUGUGGCGCUCGAUCAAAAACUACCCCGAGGCCAUCAAGUCUUACAAGAUGGCCCUGCGCCUAGAGCCAGGCUCGCUGAACAUUCUCCGCGAUCUCGCCCUCCUCCAAUGCCAGGUCCGUGACUAUGAUGGAUACAUUGAGAGCCGGCGAAGGAUGAUGCAGGAGCGGCCGCAAUUGCGCCAGAACUGGACUGCGUUGGCCGUGGCUUACCACCUGGCAGGCAACCACGCCGAGGCAGAGAACAUUCUCAAGACCUACGAAGAGACGCUGAAGCAGCCCCCGCCCAAGUCCGAUCUCGAGCAUUCUGAAGCGACCCUGUACAAGAACAUGAUAAUAUACGAGUCGGGUGAUGUGGAACGUGCUCUCAAGCAUCUGGAAGAAAUCGUCAAGAGCAGUCUCGACCGACGCGCCGCAUUGGAGCUAAAGGCGAAAUAUCUACUCGAACUUGGGCGAAAGGAAGAGGCUGAGAAGGCUUACCGGAUCUUGCUGAACAGGAACGGCGAAUACCGUGCAUACUUUGAAGGGCUGGAAAAGUCUUUGGGUCUGGACCGUUCUAAUGGCGCCGACAUCGAGAAGCUAAACGAACUAUACCAAUCCUUCGCCGACAAGAACGAGCGUAACGAUGCUGCCAGGCGGAUACCGUUGGAUUUCCUUCAGGGCGAGGCUUUCAAGACACAGGUGGACCAGUACCUCAGGCGAAUGCUGAACAAGGGCGUGCCUUCAACCUUCCCUAACAUCAAGGCGCUCUACCGAGACGAGGCAAAGAAGGCAGUGAUUGAGGAACUUGUCCUCGGGUAUGCGUCGGACAAGAAGAUCAACGGCUCUGCCGGCACGGAAAGCAACGGCGACACCACCGAUCGUUUCGAGCAGUCUGUGUUGUACUUCCUGGCCCAGCACUACAACUAUGUCUCAAGUCGCGACCUCAAAAAGGCCAUGGAGUACAUAGACAAGCUGAUUGAAAUGUAUCCAAAGUCAGUCGACUACAGCCAGACCAAGGCCCGGGUUUACAAACAUGCAGGGGAUAUCCAGAAAGCCUCGGAGACGAUGAAUCACGCAAGAGAGCUGGACGAGAGGGACCGAUACAUCAACACCAAGUGCGCCAAGUACCAGCUACGGAACAAUGAAAACGAUAAGGCACUUGAAACAAUGAGCAAGUUUACUCGCAAUGAAGCUGUGGGUGGGCCUCUCGGCGAUCUGCACGAUAUGCAGUGUAUGUGGUAUCUGCUUGAAGAUGGAGAGGCAUACCUACGGCAGGAGAAGUACGGUCUCGCACUCAAGCGCUUCACAGCUAUCGCCGACAUCUUUGAUGUUUGGCAUGAGGAUCAGUUCGACUUCCAUAGCUUUUCACUACGGAAAGGACAGAUCCGUGCCUACAUUGACAUGGUCAGAUGGGAGGAUCACCUACGCGAUCAUCCAUUCUUCACUAGGGCAGCCACCCAGGCAGUCGCACUGUACGUCCGGCUAGCGGACAACCCGAAAAUGAACAAUCCAAACGAAGUCGAGCUUGAGAAGCUGGAUCCUACGGAGCGCAAAAAGGCCGAGAAGAAGGCCAAGAAAGAGAAGGAAAAGGCGGACAAGGCUGAGGCUGAACGAAAAGCGGCGGCGGCGGCAAAGGCAACUGCAAAGGGUGAUGAUGGCGACACCAAAAAGGAGGACACUGAUCCCAACGGCGAGAAGCUGCUCCAAACCAAGCAGCCUCUAGAGGAUGCCAUGCGGUUCUUGCAGCCCAUGCUUGAGUUGGCGCCAAAGAACAUUGAAGCUCAAAAUGUGGGCUUCGAAGUCUAUAUCCGGAGAAACAAGUACCUCCUCGCCCUCAAGUGUCUGCAAGCUGCACGAGAGAUUGAUCCUGAGAACCCGAAGCUGCAUGAACAGAGCGUGCGCUUCCGACAAGCCAUCAGCAAACCCGCCGAGCCUCUCUCAGCCCAAGCAUCAGAGGUUAUCAAGGAGAUGUUUACCACACCUCCGGCAGAUGCUGACCUCAAAGCCUACAACGAUGAGUUCCUGAAGAAGCAUUCGGAGAGCGCAUUGCAUCUGCAAUCUGGAUACAACGUCCGCUACAUUCUCGACGACAGCGCGAAAUCUCAGAGCGAGCAGGAUCUGCUGAAGACACUGGAUCUCCCAAACAUGACGAUUGAAGAAGCGAAGGCUGGACUGUCACUGCUAAAGGAGUGGAAGAGUGAGCAGGGAGUCAAGGACGACUACAGGGCGAAGGCGGCCAGCCGUUGGAGCGAGGCUACUUGUGAUUGUCGACACCCGUCAUGCGCAAACUGCGAUAAAAAGGGCGACACAUGUAGCUUUCUCGCUCUUGUUCCGUCUUCACGUCUCCUAACAAGCUCAAAAUCACCCAGCGCUAGGCAGGUGCAACCAGUGUCGUCGUCGCCUGGACCAGAGACACCCAAGUCGGAACCAGCUCCCAUAUAUUCUCCGACAAAUCUUGUGGCUAUUAGCAACCAAGUAGCUCUCGCGACACAAACACCUCGACAAACCGAAGUAGUAUUAGUCGAAGAGCAAGCUGUUCAUCAUCCGACCUUCUCGGCCCAAGGUCGUUUGCAGUCGGCUUCCUUUCCCGAGGGCAACACUCCGCCCUAUGGUAGCAUAUCGCCCUCUCUUCGCCCACACGACGCUUGGAAGGACAUUCGCGAGUUGCUUCCACCACCACUGCAAGAACUUUUAUGUCACUAUGAAUUCACAACUUCCCUUACGCUGGCAAAUGAUGAUCCAGCAAAGGCAGCGUGGCAGGCAUAUAUCCCCGAAAUGGCGCACAACCAUGACUUUCUCACAAACUGCGUACUAUCUGUCGCUUCGCUGCAUCUCGGCCGGCUAUACGAAUGCAAAGAACAUAAAAAGAAGAUGAAUGCUCUGGCAGCUUCGCGGAUGAACAAGGCUCUAACAAGGUACCGAGUCGAAUUGGAAAGUAUUACUGAGAAGAACGCUGCAGCCCUCUUCGCCAGCUCAACAUUCACGGCAGUGUAUCUCUUCCGCACAUCAGCCAUUGAUAUGGAGAACCUACGUGCGUCAAUUCCGCCAGGUGCAGUAACGCCGUCGCCCGAAAUCAUCGACAAGAUGUUGUCUUGUGCACUGCGCACCAUAUGGGGUCUCCGAGGGCCCCUUACAGUUUUAUUAUCAGGAUGGGGCUGGGUGGUGGGAAGCAAGAUGCAGCCAGUCACUGCACGCGAAUGGUGGCCCGAAUACAAUGUUUCUGCAACCCCGCGCGCAGUCGUGGAAGAUGAACGUCUCAAAGAGAUUGAAAAGCUAUGGAUGGACGCCGAAGAGCCCCUGAAACCCCACUGUGUCUAUCUCUCUCAGGCACUUCUCUAUCUACGCCAAAGCUUCAACUUGGUCAGUCAGCUGACGCUUCCCGAGCGCUUCCCUCCCAUGUCAGCAGUUCCUUACUCAGUUGACGACAAGACAAUCUCCACCCUUACGGACCGUGGCGCGAUCUUCGUAUGGGCGGCUCGCAUACCGCGGGAGUUCAUCAGUCUUAUCGAGUCCAAGAACAUCCAUGCACUAAUCAUCUUGGCUCACUAUGCCAUUCUCCUAGGCAGAGUCCGAAACGUGUGGUGGUUGGAGGGCCUUGGUGCCGACAUUGUCACAGCUGUUGCCAUGACGCUUGGUCGCGAACAUCGGCACUUGAUCGAUUGGCCAGCAGGCGUGGUUGGCGUGGAUCUAGACAAUGCUUUUGAAGUGGAGAAGCGCAAAGACAAGCUGGAAGGCAGUCCGUGUGAAAUGCACAUGGAUGUCAUAUGA